AUGGGUCGUACCGUCGACCAGGAAGUUCACGCGGCGUUCGUCGAGUUCCGCGCCAAGGAAGACGAUAAGUGUCUCUCCGUCCAGUGCAUCUACUGCCAGCAGAUACGCGCAAAGAACACUUCGCGUCAGAAGCAGCAUCUACUCGAGUGUCCGGGUCUCCGCGGUCAUACCAACCCUCCGGCUCCUCAGACCCAGACCACCCCGUCCGCCCCGAACGGUAUCGCCGCCAACGGAUUUCCUCCCACCCCCAAUGGCACCGCGACUGCCGCUCCGGGCACCGGCCCCAGUGCCGCGGCCAUGCAAACUCCCAACGGACCCAUGAUGUCGAACGGCGUGGCUCCCCACGCGACGCCCAUGCAGACGCCGCUGCCAAACAUGCCCGGGCGCGCCUCUUUGCCCACCUCCGGCCCCACGGGGGGCGCCCCCUCGUCCGCGUCCGCCUCGCAACAGGCCUCGCGCGCCACGCCCAAAUCCAAGCCCAAGACCUCCACCUCCAGUCUCCCCGCUCCCCCAUUGGACGACGUCCACGCGGCGUUUGUUGAGUUCCGUGCGAAGGAAGAAGAUAAGUGCCUGUCGGUGCAAUGCAUCUACUGCCAACAGGUUCGCGCGAAGAACACCAGCCGACAGCGUCAGCACCUUCUCGAGUGUCCCACCUACCUCAGCGUGAUGAAAGAUUCCAUCCCCGCCAACAACCUCCUUCACACCUUCCCCGAGGGCGACGUGGCCCGCUCCCUGCAGAUCCCCGCUCCGUCCCUCGAACUCGACUUCCGCAUGAGCAUCAAGAUGAACCCUCGCGUUUCCGUCGGACAAAGUAUUUGGGGUCAGAGGGAUUGGGUGACGUUUAUCGGUGGUCAAUGGGCCGGUAGAUGGGGCAAGGGCGUUAUCUUGCCGGGAGGCCAGGACUCUCAGAUCGUGACCAAGGAGUCCACCACUAGUCUGCGGGCCAGCUACAUGCUUCAGACUUCCGACGAGCCGCCGGCGUAUAUCAUUGUAAAGACCAGCGGAUGGUUAACGGGUGCGAAAGACGUUCUGGACAAGGUUAAUGACCCCAACGCGGCAGACGCUAUUAAUCCUAAUACCUAUAAGUACCGGGUAAACCUCUCUAUGGAAACAGGUGAUGAACGUUAUGCAUUCUUGAACACCUUAAUGUGGAUUGGCAGUGGCUGCCGCAGAGGCCAUGAAGGUUGGUUAUUCCCUGCUCAACUCACCGGAUACUCGCAUGAUGCUAACCCCAAAGCAGUCAUCUUCGAUGCUUUCCGCGUCAAUUGA